AUGGAAUUCCAACCACUUAUAACAGAGUUGGGAUGUAUUGUUCAGAAGCAAGCACCACUUCAAGUGACAAAAUGGGCAAAGAUUGACAAAGCCGAUCGGGAGAGUUUACUCCAAAUGGCCAAGAAAAGGAGUGCUCAAAAUGCAAGGAAUCGGGCAAUGCAAAACACACCUCAUGUAACUGGGACAAAGUCUCUUGCUCGGGCGCAGCCCGUAGGAGAGAAUGAAGCACCCGUUUGUGAGGAGGAAAUUUUCUUAGAGGUUCUUGGACAUAAGUCGGGUUACAUACGUGGUCGUGGGCAUGGUUCGAAGCCUAGCCGAUCCUUAUCUAAGCACCACAAUAAAUCGGAGUUGGAGGCAGCAAACAAAAGGGCCAAUGAGUUGGAAGAAAAACUGAAUGCUCAACAAAAGGACAUGGAAGUGAUUAAGGCUACCCAAAAGGCCACAAACGAGAUUUGUAAAAACUGA